AUGGUACUGAGUUCGAGUGCCCAACAUGUUACAGUUUCUAUAUUAUUUGACUCUCAUCCGAUUGUUGUUUCCGUGGUCUAUGCUAAAUGUAACUAUUUGGAACGUAGAGAGUUGUGGAGCCAGCUCCAACUAGAUUUGCCGACUGAUGACCCAUGGCUUUGUAUUGGGGAUUUUAACAUUAUUCGUGAAGAUAUGGAGCAACGUGGUGGUCGACCUCGAUUGUGGGUGGCCAUGGAAGAUUUUAAUGACUUUAUUGAUUCUUGUGGCCUGACUGAGAUGAAGUCGGUUGGGAGUAAAUUUUCUUGGUGCAAUGGUCAAAAGGGGAUGGCUUGCUCUUGCUCGAAGCUUGAUCGUUGUUUGUUAAACCCAGUGGCUGCCAGUCUAAUGUUUGAGGCGUUCGUGAAAUAA